AUGAAGCACCUGGCAUCUUCAGGUGCUGUUGCUGCAUUUGCUGUUGGCUUCAUAAAGAUAUCCUGGAAUGUCUGGGGAGAGCUUGCCCUUGCAAUGUUCUCACUCAUCAUCGCUGCAGCCAUGUACAUCAUGGAUACUUCCAAAAAUAUUUGGGUGUGCUACGCAUCAUAUGUGGCAUUCAGAUGCUUGUAUAUGCUGCUCAUCACCAUAGCAACGUUCUGUAUUGCUGCAAAUUUAUCCGUGGAACGAUAUGCUUUAGUUUUUGGUGUAAACACUUUCAUUGCGUUGCUUCUGCAGACUUUGCUAACACUAAUUGUUGCCGAUUCCAGUGUACUUGGAUUAGACAUCUAUACUCAGUUUUUGAUAUAUGCCACAUACUUUGCAGCAAUAGCUGUUAUUUUUUUCAUAAGCGGAAUAUGCAAGGUCGUUAAACAGAGACACCAGCAGGAAACUUCAGAUGAGACCUGACUUUGCAGUUUGUAGAGUGUGAAUGAAGUGCAUGGGCUGAAGUCCGAAUUCAAGAAGGACCUUCUUGAAAAAUACUUGAAAACAGAUGAUGCACAUUGUCAUUUGUAUAAAAAAAAAAAAGAAAAUCCAAAAAAAAAGGUUGACCGGGACCUCUGUGUUUUUUUAAAAGAUUAGAGUAGCACACCAGGAAUAUAGUUGAUCACAAGGUGAUCUGUAAAAAAAAAAAAAAAAAAAAUGCAAAUUUCUGUUGUACUGCACAAAUAAGUGGCAAACAUGUAAUGUUAUGUAUGGCAAACAUGUAAUGUGAUUGUUUUGCUGUGAUACACCAUCAUUGUUACACUACUUUGUUAAAUGGGUAUUUAAAAAGCUGCUAAAGCCUCAGGGAAAUUUGAAAAACCUGCAUUUUACUGCAUGUCUUUUUCUUCAAAAGAUACCACUGGCUGGACUGAUAUGGCAAGCUAGUUUAGCAGUUGCAUUUUGGAUAGUCAUCUUGUUAAUUAUUAGUUUAUAAGGCUUUGAAUAGAAAUACAGAGUAAAUGGGAGUCUU